GCGCAUUCAAGAAUACACACACCGACGACGAGUAAUAACUUCAACAACAACACGAUGGCUUCCUCAACUGGGCAAGGAUGGGCACAACUCAGACAGCAAGCAAGGUCUUUAGAAACUCAGGUGCGGCCUAUUCCGGAAGGUUACUACGUACUAGGAAACCUGCUAAUACUUACGCUAGACGGAAUCGCUAUUCCACACCUAUUCACAAUUCAGUAAUGUCCCAAACAUACCAGCAAAGCCCACCGAGGACGAAAGGCAGACGGAAUCCAAAUUACAAGACAUACUUGAAAGAGUAUGCAACAAUGCGAUCCAAGCUCUAUGCACAUACUAACCCACAACUCCAGCGGGAAACCCUCAUAUCUCAACUUACCCGCCUUCUCGAUUCCGAAGCAACUCUCACAGCAUCUGCAACGAAACAAAACAAUUUGUCCCGCCAUCGAGAAAUCCUCCAAGAACAUCGGCGCGAAUUAACACGAUUAAGAUCUCAAAUCCAAGAUGCCCGGAACCGGGCCAACCUACUCUCAAACGUCAGAAACGACAUCGAUACCUACCACUCGAGUAAUCCAGAAGCAGCAGAGGCGGAUUACAUGAUAGGCGAACGAUCAAGAAUAGAAAACAGCCACAACAUGGCGGAUAGUGUGCUCAGUCAAGCUUAUGCAGUAAACGAGCAAUUCGGCAUACAACGAGAAACAAUGGCGAGUAUUAAUAGACGAAUCACAGGCGCUGCGGCUCAAGUGCCAGGUCUCAACAGCUUAAUAGGAAGGAUAUCUGCGAAGAAGAGGAGAGAUGGUAUUAUCAUGGGAGGGUUCAUUGCCUUUUGUUUCCUCAUGUUUUUGUAUUUUUCGUGAGAGGAGCAACGCAUCUAUUUUUGCAUUGAAGCGGGCGUUAGUGUUUGGCUAGUAAAGCCAGAGUUAUGUUUGUACAGUAUGGGUAUAUCUGGAUAUCAGACCGCUGGGAUGGCGGCCUUUUUAUUUGGCUUUGGAGCAUCAAUUAUCGGCUUUGGAAUUGAAACCGGACCUUUGCGAGCCUCUUGAA